AAACACAGGGCAGCCCGCUGGAGCCGAGCAGCUAAUCUGACGUUUGGGAUGCUUUUCAUUUGAACUUUUAAUGCUGCGCUUUACUAUUUCAUUAUUGUACAUGUUACGUUCGCUAGGUUAUCAUACAUUGUCUGCAUGUUGACCCUUUAAAAUAAAGCAUUUGUCCGCUCUUAUAGUUAGUUUAUCUUUAAUGUGUUUAUAGCAUGGCACGGUUAGCACAGUCGGCCACAGUUAGCAGGCGUAGAAAUCACUUUUAUUCAUCAUUUUGGUUUUCAUAAUGAAUGGUUAAAGAAGGUUACGACAAGACUUCAGUGGGUCCCACUGUGUGACAGCGCCACCAGGAGAGCAGCUGUCCUGAAUCCUGCUUCUGCAGGAUGAUCUCUCAGGUCUUCAUCUUGUCCUCACAAGGCGACCACCUCAUCUACAAAGACUUCCGCGGAGAGGCAGGAAGUGAUGUCGUCUGUGUUUUCUACGAGAAGGUCACGGCGCUGACUGGAGACCAGCCUCCGGUCGUCAUGAGUCACGGAGAUCUUCACUUCGUCCACGUCAGGCAAGGAGGACUCUACUGGGUCGCCACGACGACCGCAGACUCCUCGCCCUUCACUGUCAUCGAGUUCCUCAACAGGUUAGCGGCUCUGGUUAAGGAUUACUGCGGCAGCUUGUGUGAGAAGUCGGUCCAGAUGAACUUUGCUCUCAUCUACGAACUGCUGGACGAGGUCGUGGACUAUGGUUACAUCCAGACGACGUCCUCUGACGUUCUGAAGAACUUCAUCCAGACUGAAGCCGUUUGCUCCAAACCGUUCAGCCUGUUUGACCUCAGCAACGUCGGCUUGUUUGGAGCAGAAACUCAGCAGAGUAAAGUAGCUCCGAGUUCUGCUGCCACCAGACCGGUCCAGUCCAGCAGAGAGCAGGGUGGGAAGAGCGAGAUAUUUGUGGACGUGAUCGAGAGGAUGUCAGUCGUCAUUGGCUCCAACGGAGUUGUGAUGAAGGCCGACGUGGAGGGAGAAAUCCGAGUCAAGUGCUUCAUGCCCAGCUGCUCCGGUGAGUGUGAGACGGUGACUCUGGUUUCCUCUGUGACGCUCAGUGACUCUUUGUGGUUCUUCACAGAGAUGAGGAUCGGUCUGAAUGAGGAGUUCAGCAUCGGGAAGUCACAGCUCAGAGGGUACGGUGCGACGGCCCGUGUGGACGAGUGCCGAUUCCACCAGGCUGUUCGACUGGACGAGUUCAACGGCAGCCGGAUCCUCAGGCUCUGCCCCAGUCAGGGAGAGCAAACGGUGAUGCAGUACCAGCUGAGUGACGAGCUGCCCUCGGCUCCUCCCUUCCGCCUCCACCCGACCAUCCAGAGGGACAGCGGAGGACGCCUGCUGAUGUACCUGAAGCUCCGCUGUGACCUGCCUCCAAAGAGCGCUGCCAUCAACGUCUGUGUGAGCGUCCCCGUCCCCAGAGGCUCCGCCAGUGUGUCUCAGGAGCUCAGCAGCCCCGACCAGAGUGCUGAGCUGAAGCUGCAGAGUCGAGCCAUCGAAUGGAAAAUCCCUCGAUUCGCCGGAGGGACACAGCUGUCUGCUGUGUUCAAGCUGGAGGCCUCGGCCCUCGGCCCCGCCCCCUUGAUGGAAGUCGGUCAGGUGGUUCUGGCCUUUGAGCUUCCUCACCUCACGGUGACGGGUCUUCAGAUCCGGUUCCUCCGCCUGUCCCCGGUGCAGCCGGGUCCGUCUCAGCGCUGGAUCCGCUACGUCACCCACUCCGACUCCUACGUCAUCCGCGUCUAA